AUGCCCACCCUCUACAGCUACAAAGAAUCCGGCAACAGCUACAAAGUCCGGCUGCUAGCCGCCUUCCUGAACAUUCAACUAGAGAUAAUAGAAGUCGACUUCCUCAACGACGAGCAGCACGGCGAGAAAUUCCUCUCUAUCAAUCCCAAAGGCGAAGUCCCUGUCCUCGUCGACAACGACGUAGUCCUCACAGACUCCGCCGCAAUCCUAGUCUACCUCGCCGGGAAACACGCCCGCCCGGACGAGAAGGGAUGGUGGGCAACCGAUAUCACCGAGCAAGCACACAUCACCGAGUGGUUAGCAUUCGCCGCAAGCUGGGUGCAGUAUGGCGUCUUCACUGCUCGCGCGAUCCUAUCGUUCGGGGGUCCGUAUAACGGGCUGGGAACGGCGAGUACAGACCAAACACUGAAGGAAUCGCAGACGCGCGGUGUCAAAUCGUUGCAGGUCCUGGAUAAGGUCCUGGGAGAAUCGCCAUGGUUGGCACUGGGUCGUCCGACUAUUGCCGAUAUCGCGGUCUUUGUUUAUGUUGCUCUGGCGCCGAUGGGGGACGUCUCUCUGGAGCCGUUUGAGAAUGUUAGGAGCUGGAUCGAGCGGAUUAAGGAAUUACCAGGAUUUAUCCCGAUUGAUGGCCUGAGCGAUCCUCUAUAUAGGAGACGGUGA